CGGAAUAAUAAAUCUCCUUUACCCCCCCUCAGUUUAUAGACCAUUUAAAUUAACCAUAAAUAAAUCAUCAUUUUCCCGUCUUUCCCUUUUCCUUUUUUUCUUUUUAUUAAAAAAUGUCAAAAGGAGUACUACAACUAUAUUAUUCUCCCUUAACCCAAGUUGUCUUGCUUGGUUUAGUAUGUUUAUGCUGUCCAGGAAUGUUCAAUGCGCUUUCUGGAUUAGGCGCUGGUGGUUCGAUGAGUUCAAAUGUAGGCUUGAUCGAUUCAGCUAAUGGUGCUCUCUAUGGCUGUUUUGCCAUUGUUGGAUUCUUUUCUGGUACAUUUACAAACACAGUUGGUGUGAAGCACACAUUGACAAUUGGUUCAAUUGGCUAUGUUGUCUAUUCUGCCUCUCUAUGGGUCUAUGACCGAAAGCAAGUUUCGGGAUUUGUUAUUGCAGCAGGUGUUAUUCUUGGUUGCUGUGCUGGUGUAUUCUGGUCUGCACAAGGUUCAAUCAUGAUGUCUUACCCUGAGGAGAAGAAUAAGGGAAAAUUCGUAGCCAUCUUCUGGGCCCUUUUCAAUGUUGGAGGUAUCCUUGGUUCCGUCAUCGCAUUAGCACUCAACUUGGAGAACGAAGCAAGCGGUGGUGUGUCCACAAGCACUUACAUUGCCUUUGUUAUCGUCAUGAUCAUCGGCGUCGUCCUCUCUCUAGCCAUCGCAAGCCCCUCACGUGUGGUUCGACCUGAUGGAACAAAAGUAGCUGUAGCCAAGGCCAUGCACUGGAAAAAAGAACUCAAGGGUGUUCUUCUCGUCUGGAAAGAGUGGCGUAUGUUGUGUCUUAUCCCCGCCUUCCUAGCCUCCAACUGGUUUUACGCAUACCAGUUCAAAGUAAACACAGUCUACUUUAAUUCUCCGGCCAGAGCAUUAAAUGACACCAUGUACUGGACACUUCAAAUCAUUGGUUCGCUUAUCUUUGGAUGUCUUCUUGACUUUCAGGGGCUCUCACGCCGGUCCAGAGGACUCUUGGCACUGGCCAUUCUUUUUGUCGUUACCAUGGCCGUCUGGGCAGGUGGCUUUGCGUUCCAACUGACAUUUGAUAAUGGCUUCGAAAAGCCCAUUGGCUGGAAAGAUGCGGGGUUCGGUGGUCCAUUCGUACUUUACAUGUUUUACGGAUUCAGCGACGCUAUCUAUCAAACCUACCUCUACUGGCUUAUGGGUGCUAUGUCCAAUGACCCUUCUUUACUUGCUCGUUAUGCAGGAUUCUAUAAAGCUACGCAAAGUGCAGGUGCAGCUAUAGCGUUUGGUAUUGAUGCUGUCAGUGUUCCACUCAGGUGGGAGUGUCUCAUCUGCUGGGUCCUCGUCUUUGUCUCUUUUCCUCUCAUUCUUCUUGUGGCCAGCAGGGUCAGUGAGACCAAUAUGAAUGAUGAAAAUGAUAGCCUAUCAAGCAAAUCCAUUGAUAAAAAGAUAGCCGAGGCAAAAGAUAUUUAUUAA